CUGUGGCCAACUUUUCUCCUCUUUUCCCCCCCCCAAAUGCUACUUUUGCUGGCCAGGUUACCACGGGCCUCUGGACCUGUACCCAGAGUUCCACAGAAUUGCCACUGACCCCACAAUCCACACCUUGCCCGAAGGCAGGACGGUCCACAUCUGUGUCGGGAAGGAGUGGUAUCGGUUUCCCAGCAGUUUCGUCCUCCCGGAGAACUGGCAACUUGAGUUCAUUGCCUCCGAAUUCCGGGGCCAGUUGCCCAAACAGUUUGCCAAAGGCCCGGGGGCCACCCGCCUUGUGCCCACCAACAUGAAUGAUCAGAACCAAGAAGAACCUUCCAGAUAU